AUGUUUGAAAUGCACCAAUCUUUCGCCAAGUCGCUGCUGUCGAUUUUACUCUACACGGCGCUGACAACGAGUGUAUUCGCUCCACCCUAUGGCUAUGACAGCGUCAACCUACUUCCUAAUUCAACAAUUAAAACUGCGAUUAUACAUACAGACUCUAAGUACGACGUAUGGCCCGUAAUCACUGCCUGGAUUAACGUAUCGUACGUUGGAACGGACGGACUGCAAAAUACGACAGCCAUGCGGGAGGUCGGUCGAUUUGGGACAGGGCUCAUUGGAAGUUUUCAGGGGUGGUUACACAGAAGUGUGCCAAUCGACGGCUGUACACAGAUACUGAACAAUGUUCAAGAUCAUCCGUGGAUUGCUUUUGUUAAAAGAGGCGGGUGUACGUUUUCUAACAAAGCGAAAUGGUCGAUACAAGCCGGAGCUAACGGAAUGAUUGUUUACAGCUACAAUGAAAAACCAGUUGUCACAAUGGAUAUAGAGGAAUCUUCAUUUUCCACUGCCAUGCUUCCACUGGACUAUGCAACACCCAUCAACGUAGCUUUGGAUGAUGACAUUGACGUCUGGAUGAGCGUGACAGUAGGUCGUAAUCUAACCGUUAACAAUGCAGUAAAUACGGCACACAACUCAAGAAAGAGUAUUACAGUGUUACUGAUCUGCCUAUGUUUGACGUUGAGGGCGUGCAAGGAGAUGGAGUGGCAUUCUUAAAGCGCGUAUGUAUUUUACACGCGUUGUAUACGUCGCUAUGAGUCCCAUAUCGAACAGGACGCGGCACGGCGACUGCCGCCCUUCAAGUUUUCUUCAACGAGUUGCAUUGUUUGUAUGCACGCUGUUUGAUCUAUUUUUAUUCAUCACGAAAUGAUCACAUAUAGUCCGAGUAACCAGUUAUAUCACAAGACAUACACUAACAACAUUCUUGAAAAUAAAUAAAAUUAUAAAUCAUGUA